AUGGCGGACUCCGGCGCCAGCGAGGGCCUUGCGGCGGACGCCAGCGACGUGAGGACGCCGCUGCUGGACGCCGAGGAGGGCGCGGCCGGCGCGCGAGAUGAGGAGAGCGUCCCCAAGCCGCCGGCAAGGACGGGCUCCCUGCUGACGGCGAUCCCCGUGACACUGCUGGCCGUGGGCUCGAUCUUCUGUCUCGUCGUGGGCUUGUUGACCGACUUUGUGCCCCUAUACUUCCUCCUGCUGUCAGCGGGAAUUGUGGGCCUUGGCGGCAGCCUCCUCGCCUCCGGGAUGCUGUGCUCCAUGGGCACCAUGCGUCACCAAUUCAACCGUUUCAAGCGCGAAAACGACAGGCUCUCCAGAACCAGCUUCAAGCUGCAGUCCAGUGUGGAGGAUUUUGAAAGCACCAAUUUCCAGCUGUCCAACCAUGUGGAGGCCCUCCAAGGCACUGUGGACGACCUGCAGGACGUCAGCGAAGGCCUGCACAACCAGCUGGGUCAGUUCGGCGACCUGAGGGAGAGCAUGCAGGAGUUCUCCAAGGAGAGUGGGCAGGACAUCACAGAGACGAUCUCUGGCAUCAAUGGUGUAUACGACAAGGUCUACGGGCUGUCCCUGCAGAACGAGAGGACACUGCUGCUGCGAGCAGCACAAGACGUGGAGUUCUUAGACAGGGAGGAGGGAUUGUCACAGCAAGAGUUUCAGCGAUUCCUGCACCUCAUCCCACAGCACCUUCGAGAAAGGUUCGAAAAAUCCAAAAUGACGUUUGAAAGCAUCGCUGGAGCUGACCAUGUCAUCGACCACCGCGAGAUGGCGGGUCUCAUCGACACUCUGCUUGCGGAAAACGAGGAGAAGCUGUGCGCCAGCGGAUAG